CACAACUCAAGGGAAGGGUUUAAGAAUUAAGCGAAAGGGGUUUGGUUUGGUUUUUUCAUUCAUCGUUUUCCUUAUCUUAUGUGAAAGACUGAAAGUGAAGGAAAGAGCGAAGCGAUAAUGCUGGCGCUACUUCAGCACUGUUCCAUGGCCAUCCCCCUCGCACGUGCAGCACCUCACACGCGCAUUCGUUCUUGUUCCACCGCCAUCACCUUCUCACCUUCUUCCCCUCUCACCAUCUCUCACUCUCAGUCUCACUCUCAGGUCCUCCUUGGCAUGUCCGAGAAGGACCUGCAACACCUUGCCCUUAACUUCGGUCAGGAAAGCUUUAGGGGAAAACAACUUUAUCAUUUGAUAUACCAGAGGAAGGUCAAGGAUAUUCAGGAUUUCAUUCUGUUGCCUCAGGGAUUUAGGAAUGAUCUUAAGGAAGCAGGAUGGAAGGUGGGACGGUCUCCUAUUUUCCGCACUGUCACUGCAGUUGAUGGGACUGUUAAGCUUUUGCUAAAGUUGGAGGACAGUAGAUUGAUUGAAACUGUUGGAAUUCCGGUUGAAGAUGAUAAAGGUUCAGUUCGCCUCACUGCAUGUGUUUCAUCACAGGUUGGUUGCCCUUUACGCUGCUCGUUUUGUGCCACUGGAAAAGGGGGGUUUUCAAGGAAUCUUCGAAGACAUGAAAUUGUUGAACAGGUCUUGGCCAUUGAGGAGGUCUUCAAGCGCAGGGUAACAAAUGUAGUGUUUAUGGGAAUGGGUGAACCAAUGUUAAACCUGAAGGCAGUACUUGAAGCACACCAUUGCUUGAACAAGGAUGUCAAAAUUGGGCAAAGAAUGAUGACCAUCUCCACUGUGGGGGUUCCAAAUUCAAUAAAGAAGCUGGCUUCGUACAAACUUCAAUCUACUUUAGCUGUGAGCCUACACGCUCCUAACCAGAAACUUAGGGAGACAAUUGUUCCAAGUGCUAAAUCCUACCCGUUGGAUGCACUUAUGAGCGACUGCAGAGAAUACUAUCGUGAAACCAGUAGGCGGGUUUCCAUUGAAUAUGCACUUUUAGCUGGAGUCAAUGACAAGGUAGACCAUGCAGUAGAACUUGCUGAAUUACUCCAUGCAUGGGGCCAUGGUUAUCAUGUCAACUUGAUACCUUUCAAUCCAAUAGAGGGCUCUGAGUAUCGUCGUCCUUACAAGAAAGCAGUGCAAGCAUUUGCUGAUGCUUUGGAGUCCUCUAAAAUAACCGUUACUGUACGUCAAACGAGAGGACUGGACGCAAAUGCAGCUUGUGGUCAGCUACGGAACAGGUUCCAGAAAACUCCUUUAGUCACAGACUUUGACAAUACGGAAUGCCAGCCACAAAACUUGGAUCUUUCAGUAACCUGUUGAUUGCAGUGUUUCUUUCUUGGGUGUUGAUGUUAUCAUCACUCUGCAUAUAUGCCAUAUAAUAAGUUUGCAGUAGCAGUUGGUGAGAGCUUUGAUGAACCAAAGAUGAGCAUAAAAUCAACCUACCAAUAUAGAGGUGUUUACUGUUGCUGCAUCAAUUGUAAUGUCAACUUACUUGCCAUCUGAGAAAUUGUGGAUAGACAUCUAUUUGAUUGUUGGCAAUAUUAAUAUUGCUGGAGCAUUCACGCCCGCGAUAAUAGUUUUGUUGGAUUCUAUGGCAUCAUGUGGACUAUGCUAAGAGGAAAUCCAUGAGAAACAGCCUAGAGGGUUAGGUGUAAACUAAGUGAUUAGGAGUUAAUCGUGUGCAAGUUGGAGAAUUUUCCAUGUAUGUGACGUCUUUUGCCUGAUAUAUGUUUAUAUAGCAAUUUGACUUUAUUUUUUAGAAUGAGAUAAUCUCCAUAUGUACUUUCUUUAUGUAAUCACAUCUUUCAAGUUUUGAUAUACAUGUUUUUUUUUUAUCUU